CUUCAUUUCCCCCAGAAACUUCUUUCUCACUCGAUCACUUAUACAUAUUAUCAUUAUGUCGUCCGUCGUGGAGCUGAAUAAUGCCGCCGUUGGUUCGGGUUCUUCUUCUGAAGAGAAUUCCACCGGCGCCGGCGAACAGGUGAUGGCCGACCUCCCUUCCCAUGCUUUCCUCGCUGCAGCCCUAUCUCUCAAGGACCAGGUGGUGGAGGCCACGUGGAGAUCAGGGGACGGUGCGGGUGCGGGUGCCGACCCGACCCUGUUCACCGGGUUGCUGGGCACAGCUUUCACCUGUUUGCGUUCCUACGAGGUGACCGGCAACCCGCUGGACUUGGCGCUCUGCUCCGACAUCGUCGACGCGUGUGCCGCCGCCGCUGCUCCGUCCAGUACUUGCAGGCACGUGACAUUUUUAUGCGGUAGAGGAGGGAUAUACGCCAUAGGAGCAGUCGCUGCCAAUUACAAAGGGGACCAUCAACGACGCGACUUCUUCUUGCACAUGUUCCUCCAGAUGGCCCAAGAGCCCGCGCUCCCUAUUGGGCCGGAGGAAGGCGGGUUCGGUAUGUCCUACGAGUUGAUGUACGGGCGGGCCGGGUUCCUGUGGGCCGCUCUCUUCAUAAACAAGCACCUUGGCGAAGGAACCGUCGAUGCCGAUGUUGUGGUGCCCGUGGUGGAUGCGGUGCUGGCUGGUGGCAGGGCCGGGGCGUCGGACAACCCGGCCUGCCCGCUCAUGUACCGGUGGCACGGGACCAGGUACUGGGGCGCGGCCAACGGCCUCGCCGGAAUCCUCCACGUCUUGCUUCACUUCCCGCUGUCUCCGCAAGACGCGGAGGACGUGAAGGCUACAUUGAGGUACAUGAUGAGCAACAGGUUCCCGCACAGCGGGAACUACCCUUCGAGCGAAGGGAACCCUAGGGAUAACUUUGUCCGGUGGUCACAUGGCGCGACGGGGAUGGCCAUCACCUUGUGCAAAGCAUCACAGGUGUUCCCCGAUGAGAGGGAAUUCAGGGACGCGGCGAUAGAAGCAGGGGAAGUUGUGUGGAGGAGUGGGCUGGUGAAGAAGGUUGGACUGUCCGAUGGGGUGGCUGGAAAUGCGUAUGCUUUCCUUUCGCUUUACCGGCUGACCGGGGAGAGGGUUUACGAGGAACGAGCCAAGGCGUUUUCGGGCUAUUUGUAUCAGAAUGUGAGGAGCGAGGUGACGAGUGCAGUAGGCUCUAGUGAGGCUAGCGACAUUGGGCACGGUGGGUGGUCUCUGUUCCAGGGUCUUGCGGGGAUUGCUUGCUUGUGGUUUGAUGUCGUUGCUCCGGAGAAAUUAGCUCGUUUCCCUGGCUUUGAAGUUUGAACUGUGACGAGGGAAGAGUGUAUGGAGGAGAGGCUACUUGGCGAGGUUGGAAGGGUACUUGACUAAAGCUGAGAAAUGCACCUACUUAAUUGAAAAGCAUACUUGCUGUAUAUGUAAGUAGAAAUGCCCAACUACGUGUUGGUCUGGACUCUGGUGAGGAUAAAUAGACGGUGUACCUAAUUUGUCACGUAGUUCGUUCAGAAUGAAGAUAGACCUGUGUACAACGUGCGAGAAAUAUUAUUAUAUUGGGUAAAUUGCAAGUUUGGUCAUGGG